UUACGUUAUAUUGUAAAUAUUUAUAAUUAGUUUAAUUGUUAUGGACAACUCUGUUUUGCUUAUACACGUUUACAAUCAAGAUCGUUCGAAAAAAAAAUUAAUUCCAUACAAACUUGAACAAGGUGUUGACGAGUUUUUGUCAACAGUAUGUCGGAAAUUUGACAUUGGUGCAGAUAGCAGUCUAAAGUUUGUGUUGGAUAGUGACGGAUGCGAAAUUGAUCCUAAUGAUUUUCUAAUAGUUUUAAGGUCUGAUAUGUCGGUGGUUAUACUCAAACCAAGCGAAUGUUGGAAAGAGAAAGUACAAGAAUGUCACUCCAUAACAAAGGACACAUUAUUGUCGAGAACUAAUGUCAGCAAUGAAGAUAUCAAUAUUUUGCAAGUGACUACUCCUACUACUCCAUCUAGCGAUGCUAGUAACAAACAAUUUUCCGGAUUUUUAAAAUAUGACCUGGAUGAUCUGUUUUUCUAUGUUGUGAGAAUUUCACGACCGAUUUUUCUUUCAUAUAUAAGCUGUUAA